AUGGGGCUGGGGCCAUACUUGCCAGGGAGAGGAGAGAGAGUUCUCUUGCCCCUGCUGUCCACUGAAAAGCCACCACGGGGCUGGGGCCGUGCUUGCCAGCAAAAGGAGAGAAGAGAAGAGAACGUUCUCUACUCUCCCUGGCCAGAGGCUCACGUCAGCUUAAUCAACUCCAGGACAGCUGACAGUGGCUGUGGGGAGGGGGGAGAAGAGCCUGGAAGUCCUGAUGCACCACGUGUGCAGCCGCAUGGAUGGCAGGGGGUGGGAAACGAUCCUGGAAGCCCCUACGCUGUCAGAAUCACCAUCACUGCCUCGCUGCUGCUGCAUCCCCCACCCCCUGCAGGGCUGUCAGUUUACCUGGGGCAUGAGCAAAAUCGUCCAUGCGUAAUGGAAGUAGACUCGGGAUCGUCCCUAUCAAUGGUCUCGUGGAAAACCUUCAAACAGCUGAUCCCUGACAUCCGUCGCCAGGAUCUCAGCACCCAAAAAAUCAUAUUAAGGGACUACCAGGGGAACAGGAUUCCUGUUGCCGGUUCCCGAAACGUCCAGGUGUCCUUCAAGGACCACACCGCUACUCUGCCUAUUACCAUCGUCGAUCGAGACCGACCCAGCUUGUUGGGGUUACAGUGGUUCGCUCCACUGGGAAUUGAACUAGCUGGCAUUCACCAGACCGGGAACAGCGACUGGGAAGCGGCCCUCGUCCAGGAGUUCCAGGACGUGUUCACCGAGAAGCUAGGCAAGUACAAGGGAUCCCCCAUAUCGUUUAGCCUCAACCCCGAUGUCGCGCCCAUCUGCCUUAAGCCUCGUCGAGUGCCCUUCGCACUCAAGCCAAAGAUUGACGAACAAUUGGACAAAUUAAUAGCUCAGGGGGUGUUAGAACCGAUCGAUCACGCCCGUUGGGAAACCCCGAUUGUAACUCCCAUAAAACCUGAUGGAUCGAUAAGAAUUUGUGGGGAUUACCGGGCCACCCUAAAUCACGCGCUUCAGCAGAGCACUUACCCGGUACCUGUGAUCCAACAUCUUCUUCACUCCCUGGGUGGCGGAAAAAUAUUUGCAAAAUUGGACCUCGCCCAAGCAUACCAGCAACUACCCGUAGAUGCAGAAACUGCUGAGGCCCAGACUAUAGUCACGCACAGAGGUGCGUUUAAAUGUAAUAGACUCCAGUUCGGAGUAAGUGUAGCACCAGGCAUUUUCCAAAGCCUGAUGGAGAGACUGCUACAAGGCAUAAAAGGAAUCGUGCCUUAUUUCGAUGACGUAUUGAUAGCCGCCCCCACUAGAGACGUAUUAAAGGAAAGACUCAGAACAGUCCUUCAGAAAUUCAAAAAUGCCGGGUUGAAAGUAAAAAAGGACAAGUGUCAACUUUGUACUGAGAGGGUUGAAUUCCUGGGGUACCUUCUUGACAAAAAGGGAAUCCACCCCACUGAAAAAAAGGUAACUGCAAUAAAAAACGCCCCAAGACCCAGGAACAAAACAGACCUCCAAGCUUCCUGGGUCUGGGGACAACGGGAAGAACGAACCUUCCAGCAAGUAAAAGAUCUAUUAACCUCAGAUGCUGUACUAAUGCAGUAUAACGAGACUUUGCCUUUAACGGUCACCUGUGACGCUUCGCCGUUUGGGGUGGGAGCUAUUUUGAGUCACGUCCUACCAAAUGGAAAUGAAGCACCUAUUGCUUUCUUUUCACGAACUUUAUCGAAAACUGAAAGAAACUACAGCCAACUCGAUAAAGAGGCUCUUGCUAUUGUAUCCGCCAUUAAACGCUUCCAUGAAUAUGUAUAUGGCAGACCAUUUACCAUAAUAACCGAUCACAAGCCAUUGCUUGGCAUUAUAGCGGGAGACAAACCAACUCCCCACAUAUUAUCGCCAAGAAUGACCCGUUGGUCAGAGUUUCUAGCCGCAUACGAUUAUCAACUGCAACACCACCCGGGAAAAGCCAUUCCCCACGCUACAGAACUGUUUUCCCAGAAGGGCUGCAUCUUGUGGGGGGACAGAGUUGUUAUUCCAGGAAAAUUACAACAUACAGUUCCAAAAAUGUUGCACGAUGGUCAUCCAGGCAUUGUGCGAAUGAAGGCAUUGGCACGAAGUUACGCAUGGUGGCCUGGUAUCGAUAAACAGAUAGAAGCCUGGGUGGCCACAUGCAACAAAUGCCAGGAAAUCCGUGCUGCCCCACCGAAGGCACCUCCAACUGAAUGGGACGCACCUCGUGGUCCCUGGUCCCGCAUCCACAUUGACUUUGCGGGACCCACCAAGGGACACACUUUUCUCAUAACUGUGGAUGCCUAUUCCAACUGGCUCGAAGUCCACAAGAUGAAGAGCACCACCACAGAAGCCGUCACUAAAAAAUUAAAUAGACUAUUCGCCACGCACGGAUUGCCUGACGUUUUAGUCUCGGAUAAUGGUCCCCAAUUCACUGCCCUAGCAUUUGAACAGUACCUAGCCGACCGGGGCAUCCACCAUGCCUUAACUUCGCCGGCUCACCCUGCGGCCAAUGGCAGGGCUGAG